AUGACAACAUUUGUUACUUCAAUGGUAAAUGAAGAAAAUAAUAAUCAUGAUUUAACAACAGUUAAAUUUUUGAUACAUUAUCAACAAGAAGCAACUGUUAUUCAUUUACCAUAUAGUUUAACAUUAGAAUCAUUGUAUAAUCAUUUAUCUUCUAUAUGUCAUUUAACAUUAACGAAUCCCCCAACAUUUACUAUUAAAUGGCUUGAUGAAUCUUUAGAUGCUAUAACAAUGUCAUCACAAAGAGAAUUAAAUACAGCUAUACGUUUAUAUAACAAAAAUUCUAAUAAAGAAUUACAUCUACAUGUUUUUCCAAAUCGACCUGAACAACCGGGACUUUUAUGUCCAGGUGAAGAUCCACUCAUAUAUCGACGUGGUGCACGUCGUUGGAGAAAACUUUAUUUAAUAAAUGGACAUCGUUAUCAAGCUAAACGAUUUAGUACAACAGCUGUAUGUACUGUUUGUAAUGAUCGUUUAUGGGGUUUAGGUAGACAAGGUUAUAAAUGUCUUGAUUGUCGAGUUCUUGUUCAUAAACGAUGUGUAAAACAAUUACGAAUAGUUUGCGGUACAACAUCACCACAACAUUCAAAAUUUAUCGAUUCAAAUGAACGACAUACAUCUAUUAAUAGUAAAUUGAAUGGACAACAAAAUGGAGAUAAUGAACAAAUUGAUCGACAUGGAUCAUACGGUCUUACAGAUCUUGAUCAUAAUUCUAUUGAUGAUCCCAGUGGUGUUAAUAGUCAUUUGAUCGAUGCAGAUAAUGAUAUACAAAAUUCUUCAUCUACUUCUCCAAACAUAAGUUUACAAGAUUUUGAAUUACUUAAAGUUAUUGGACGUGGUUCAUAUGCAAAAGUAUUCUUAGCAGAAUAUCGUCCUCGGUAUUUACGUAAUAAUCAGAAUAAUAAUCAAACAGGACGCCUUUAUGCAAUGAAAGUAAUAAAAAAAUCAAUUGUUAAUGAUGAUGAAGAUAUUGAUUGGAUUCAAUGUGAAAAAAAUGUUUUUGAAAAAGCAACGAAUCAUCCAUUUUUGGUUGGUUUACAUUCAUGUUUUCAAACAGCAUCGAGACUUUUUUUUGUUAUUGAAUUCGUUACUGGUGGUGAUUUAAUGUAUCAUAUGCAACGACAAAGAAAACUUCCUGAAUCAAGUGCUAGAUUUUAUGCAGCAGAAAUAACAAUUGCCUUACAUUUUUUGCAUGAACACGGUAUUAUUUAUCGUGAUUUAAAAUUAGAUAAUGUUUUACUUGAUGCUGAUGGUCAUAUUAAAUUAACUGAUUAUGGAAUGUGUAAAGAAGGCGUAGAUUUUAAACGUAGCGAACGAACAAGUACAUUUUGUGGUACACCAAAUUAUUUAGCACCAGAAAUGUUACGUAAUGAUGAUUAUAAUUUUAGUGUGGAUUGGUGGGCAUUAGGUGUACUUAUGUUUGAAAUGAUGGCUGGGCGUUCACCAUUUGAAAUAGUUGGUUCAGCUGAAAAUCCUGAUUUAAAUACUGAAGAUCGUCUAUUUCAAGUUAUUCUUGAACAACCAAUACGUAUUCCACGUUCAUUAACUGUUAGAGCAAAAAAUGUUCUUGAUGGUUUUCUUAAUAAAGAUCCAUCUCAUCGUUUAGGUUGUCGUUAUGAUCCAAUAUUAGGUUGUAGAGCUGGCUUUCAAGAUAUAUGUUUACAUCCGUUUUUUCAUCCAGCUAUUGAUUGGCAACGUUUAGAAUCCAAACAAAUUAUUCCACCAUAUAAGCCAAUAUUAACAGAAGAUACAGAUCUAUCACAUUUUGAUCCACAAUUUACAAAUGAAGAUGUUAUUUUAACACCUGAAGACGAACAAGUUUUAGCUCGUAUUCAACAAUCAGAAUUUGAAGGUUUUGAAUAUGUUAAUCCUUUAAUUAUGACUGUAGAAGGCAAUGUUUAA